GUCUACAUUCUCAACUAUCGAUCACCUACGCUAUAUUGUAAAUAGCAAUGUAAACAUUUAACAUAUUGAUUUGUUAUAUUUUUAACACAAAUUAUUGACAAGCGCCAAAGCCUGGCAGUGCAAAAUGGAUCAGGAAACAGCUAAGAAGCUCCUUGUAGACGGAGGAACCUUCGUUUUCCUUGGAGUGCCAGAAGAGACGCAAUUUGGAAUUGAUAUGCAAUGCUGGAAUACUGAAGAGGAUUUUCGCGGAAUAAAAAUGAUUCCGCCCGGCUUACAUUAUAUUCACUAUUCUGCUGUUAGCAAAGGGACUGGCGAUGUUUCACCAAGAUCUGGAUUCAUGCAUUACUUUCAAAAAAAGGAAUUUCUUGUCAAAUUGUGGGAUAAAAAUAUUGAAGACAUAAGCAAAGAUGAAGUUACUGAAGAGAGCAUUCAGCGUCUAAAAGAUAACUUGCUCAAUUUGGAUAGACAUUUAGCACCAUAUCCAUAUGAAAUUUGGCAGAAAUGGAAAUUACUGUCAUCACAAGUCACAGAGGAUCUUGCACAAAGACUAUCACCAGAAACUGGAUUGAUCAGAGCAUCAGUGGAACUAUUAUCGACACCUGAUGCAGAACGACCCAGGGGAGUGAAAUCACCAAGAAUUGAGAUCACAGGACCGAUUGAAGAUAUGAAUGAAUCUUCAGAGGGACAGGAUGAUAAAAUGGCCGGUCAGUCAGAUGCUAAGAAGGCUAAAAGAGUCAUGGCUGCAGAACGUGAAGAAGCAAUGUUGCCAAACUUAAAACCUGCCCCUGGAGCAGCAAUGAGAUUUACAGAGAUACCUCGCGAUAAAUACCCACCUGGGUCCACACCUGAAGAAAUUACCAAACAUUAUUUAGACCAGUCAUACACACUUGAGCUUAUGAUUGCGCAACAUGUUGAACCAUUACACAUAAUUGGGGAGCUGCAAUUUGCUUACUUAUGCUUCCUCAUUGGACAUUCCUUAGAAGCAUUUGAACAUUGGAAGAAUCUCGUCAUCUUGAUGUGCUCCUGUGACGACGCCAUUCACAAAUACCGCACGGUAUUCUUUCACUUCAUUCGCACACUUGAAAUACAGAUUGAAGAAAUGCCGGAAGACUUCCUGGCUGAUAUUGUCAUGAAUAAGAAUCUAGUUUACAAGAAACUCAGGGAGUUCUUCAGAACGGCGUAUGUGAGCAAAGUGGAUGGACGUCUUCUCACUUUGAUUGAACGGUUCAAAGAGAAUUUGACAGACAAACUACAGUGGGACUUUACAGGCCUUGAUAAUGAUGAAGAAGAUGAGCAACCAGUUAUCGUCAAAAUUGAUGAACCAGAAGACGAUUAAACCAUACCUAGCUUGUGCGCACGAAUGCACAUUAAUAUUGUCAUAAAAAUUGAUGUUUUUUUCUAAAUUAGGUCAUCAAAGCCAAAAAGACAUAUUUUCAAGAUGUCUUCUAGAUUAGCAAUAUUUUGCUAUAUUUCGAUAAAAAAUAUAAUAUAAUUUAUUGCAUGUGAUGUGUCCAUACUAUAUAUGUGUUUUUUAAAUUAUAAAUUGUCAAUUCCAAUUCAUUAUAAAUGCUGAAAGCAUAAUGUUAAAUUACAUGUAGGAACAUAAUAUAAUUUGUGUCUUGAAUUAAGAUAUUACUAAUUUUUUUUGGAUGCCUAAUCCUGAAAAAUAAUGUAAUGUUUAAAUAUAUUCUAUUACAUUGGUAUGUAAGAUCAAUAGAUCUUGAAUAAUUUUUUAUAGAAGCUUAAAAUUCCCUAUAUGAAAUUAAAUAACAGUUCGUACCUCAAUUUAAAUUUGCGUUAUUUUAAUUAUUAUUUAAGAGACAAGACAACUUAGUUAUGUUUAUUUUACUUUUUAAAUUAUUUUUAAGUAGAGGCUUAAGUUUUAGACAAAGUUAAUAAUGUGCAGUAUUAUUCAAAUGAAUGCUGAGCAAUGUUAAGUUAAAAUCAAAACUGAAAACUGUUUUCGCAUCAUUGCCCUAAUCAAAUACCUACAUUAUUUUGAUCAAUUCUCUUUAUAUGGCUGGUUUUAUAUAGAGAUCUCAAGAUUUAACAAUAUGACUCUAUCAUGCUUAAAACUAAUCCAAAGCAAAAGUCUGCCUCCGCGUAAUGUACCUAGUCAAUUUUAUAACGACAAUAGACGAUUAUCCACGAUAUCUGUUUACAUAAUAUAUGUAUUUAUUAGUACAUAAUAUAUAUGGUAAAUGUUUAUUAAUAUAUGUAUAAGCCAUGAGGAAUAUUUAUAUUUGUAGUAGGUACAUAUUAUUAUAAUAAAAUCUUUAUUCGGAUUCGGAUACUUUUUACAACCUUAGGCCGUAUUCAGAAAGAAAUCGCUGGUUCGUUCGUUCACAAAGGAAGCAGGUUGAAGCAGAACAAGACAAAUUGUAUAUGGCAGAGCCCAUCGCUGACCAGCGAGUGUUGAAGCUAGUCGGCGCCGUUCAGCGCUUAUCAGCGCGUGUUCGUAUAAUUUCCUGCGCGAUACCAGCGCUGACAAGCACCGGUAAGCGCUUAUAAGUUUCCAGCUUUCUUUCUGCAUACGCCCUUAUAAUAGGCGAUUGUGAGUCUAUAAAAUGAUGAUCAUGAUUGUGAGUCUAUAAAAUGAUUCAUGAUCAUAAUAUAAAGAGAAAGGAGAUCAUAAUGUUGUCGUACUAUAUCUGGCUAUGUAUAAUAAUAUCUUCUUUUAGUAAUACUUUCUAAAUAUUUCUUUACCUAUGAAUAGUUCAUAUACUUAGGAAAAAAUGGUAGAAUUACCUAGAGAAAAAUAAUAAAAAUGUUUUUUUUUUUUUUGAUCAGUUGGUAUACUUACUUACUUUAUAAAUCUGGUUUUAUUAUGUUGGUAGAAUACUUAAAGGUUUUUUGACUUAAAGUUGUAUAACACUCACAAACUAUAAUUUUUUACUUAAUUUGGGGUCUCUAAUUAAGAAAAUUUAAUACCAUCGUCUACCGUGUUUUUAGAUAAAUAAGUAGUAAGUACCCACUUCUAGUGGAAGCAAUAUUAGCUAAUUCAAACCUAUUGGUGUUAGAUGUGAAUUCUCUAUGUACAUGUGGUACCUAUUUAUCACAGGCAUCAUCUUCAUAUGCAACAAGUUACCAUAAAUGCGCAUUUUAUUUAUUUUUUCUGAUUUAACAAAAUCAUUUGCUUUGUUUUAUAGAAUUUUUACAUAAAUAUAUACUCAUAUAACCAUUCAAAUAUUACAUGAAAGGAAGGCUGACAAAAAUUUAAUUUAGCAAUAAAUAAUUUUUAAGAUACGUAGAACAUACCUGUUAUGAAGGUGAUGUCAUAUAUUUUAUUAGAAAAUUGUAUGUUUACAAAUUUUGAAAUGUCUUAAAUAUUUAAAUGUGAUGGUGAAAAACGAAAUAAAUAGCUAAUCCUAUUCUUUAGCUAAAUAUUCUAUUAGAUGUUUUACAAAGUCAAUAAAAGUGUACCUGCACUA